GCGCACAUUCAGCCCUCCCCGUUCCGUCUACCCGGCUAAACACACCGAGAUAUGAGGAGAGACUGGUUCCGUGACAGCACUGCAACACCAGACACUACCGUGAACUAUGUAAAAACAGGAAGAAGAAGACAAAAUAAAUUAAAACCUGGAUCUAUUCACCGCUCUGCAUGAAAAACCGGAACGUUAGGAGUGUGCACGUGAGAAUCCGUGUGCGCGCGCGCGCGAGCGCAUUCACUGGGGAUUUAAACACGGCGCUCAAACAACGGACGUAAAUAAACGUUUUAUAGCCAAAAAGGAAUACACUCAUUGUUUUGGGGGGGAAAUGUUUUUAAUCCUUGGCUAUUUGACCAUGUGUUGGAAUUCACAGGACUGCAAAAUGUUAAGGAAUAAACAGUAAAUAGCCCGCUUUUGUUCCCAGCCGUUAAAUAUAAACACAAAACGGUGGAAGAUGCUUCAUACCGGUUUUUCCUGAAGCUGUUGAUUGAACAACUUAAAAGGAAGGCUUCCAGUGAGCAGCAUUAUUUUGGAUUUUCAGCUGAUGAAUCUGUAUUACAUGACUGAAAAAGUAGGGUUCAGCAAGUAGAAGAUGGAUGGAAGAUGAAAGCUUGACUAAUAACUGCCCUAAUUAGUAUACCCCAGCAAGUGUUUUCUAUGUGUCUGUGAACCAGACCAACCACAAAAAAGCCAGGAGUGAAGGAGUUUUUUGUCAUGGCGACUGACCCAGGAGAUCCCACUGGCACGGAGGACUCCGCCGGAGAGAAACCUGAUGAUGAGAGAGAGGAAGAGAACGGGUGGACAGGGAACCAAUCAGCCAGCCAAAGGGAAAGCAGGAAACCGGAAAGAGGGGCUGGAAAUGAGGAAGCCUCAGGAGCAAGAGUAGCAGGUGUUGAGAGAGAAGAAGGAGAAGCAGACGAGUCACAAGCGCAAACAUCUCCAAAACGUCAGAACAAGCGCUUCUUCCGGAAGAGUGUGGAGCUCUGUGAGAAAGAUGAGGUCUUGGAGGAGGAGGGCCUUCAUAGCAUCCCACACCCUGAGCUCCACGACUCAGACUCUGUCUUUAGUGCCGGAACUCUGCAUGUCCUCACUGAUGGCACACAUGGUGGUGGCCUAGACCUGGAAAAGGGUGUCCCGUCGGUGCCCAGACUAAAGGGAAAGGAGCGCGAAUCUGAGCAGGAGGAGGAGGCUGAAAUGAAAGCUGUGGCCACAUCACCCGGUGGCCGCUUUCUUAAAUUCGACAUCGAGCUUGGCCGAGGAGCUUUUAAGACCGUUUAUAAAGGCUUGGACACAGAGACGUGGGUGGAAGUGGCCUGGUGUGAACUACAGGAUGGGAAGCUGACCAAGGCUGAGCAGCAGCGCUUCAAAGAGGAAGCCGAGAUGCUCAAGGGAUUACAGCACCCCAACAUCGUGCGCUUCUACGAUUUCUGGGAGUCAACUCUCAGAGGAAAGAAGUGCAUUGUCCUCGUCACAGAGCUAAUGACUUCUGGAACGCUCAAAACGUACCUAAAGCGCUUUAAAGUUAUGAAGCCGAAAGUGUUGCGCAGCUGGUGCAGGCAAAUCCUGAAGGGGUUGCAUUUCCUGCACACACGGACGCCACCCAUUGUGCACCGUGACUUAAAGUGUGACAACAUCUUUAUCACAGGCCCCACAGGCUCAGUGAAGAUCGGAGACCUAGGCCUGGCAACGCUCAUGAGGACCUCCUUUGCUAAGAGUGUGAUUGGUACCCCAGAGUUCAUGGCUCCAGAGAUGUAUGAGGAACACUAUGAUGAGUCUGUGGAUGUCUACGCCUUUGGCAUGUGCAUGCUUGAGAUGGCUACAUCUGAGUACCCUUAUUCUGAGUGCCAAAAUGCUGCCCAGAUCUACCGCAAGGUCACCAGUGGGAUCAAGCCCGCCAGUUUUGGUAAAGUGAAUGAUCCAGAAAUUAAGGAGAUCAUUGAAGGCUGCAUUCGGCAGAACCGAGGCGAGCGGCUUUCCAUUAAGGACCUGCUGAACCAUACCUUCUUUGGCGAGGACACAGGUGUGCGAGUGGAGCUGGCAGAAGAAGACACGGGCAGUCAGGACUGUCUGGCCCUGCGCAUUUGGGUGGAGGAGCCUAAAAAACUGAAGGGCAAGCACAAGGACAAUGAGGCCAUUGAGUUCAGCUACAACCUGGAGAAUGACAGUGCAGAGGAAGUGGCGUUAGAGAUGGUCAGAUCUGGGUUUUUCCAUGAGAGUGAUGCAAAGGUUGUGGGAAAGUCUAUUCGAGACAGGAUAACUCAGAUUAAGAAGUUCCGUGCAACGCGACAACAGCGAGCUCUAGUGGAGAGGCGUGACUCUGGCCUGGUUUCUGCUUCCCUUAUGACCAGUUUUACUUCUUUCUCCUCCUCCCUGGGUCCUGGGGCUUCUGCUGUUCCUACUGCUGCAUCUGUGGUGGUCAUUGGGGGGUACAGGGAGGGAGAAGACCUGCCAGAGAUAGAGAAACAUACUCAACAACACAUCCCCAUCAGCAACACACAAGGCCUCAUGGAAACAGAGAACCUCUCUGCAAUCACUGGAGAAUCAUUUGCAGGUGCUCAGAGCCAACCCUAUUUAUCGGCAGGAGACUCCGGAAUCUCUUUUGCGAACAAGCAAUCCAGCUUUCCCACUGGGACCUCUUCACUGGCCCCAAAUCCCACAGACAUGACACAAACAGCACUUCCCCAGCCAGGAGAGGCAGUUACUUCUCAUUCUUCACUUAUACAGACACAGUCAUAUUUAACCCCUAUUUCACCCCAGACCUCCAUUAGCAUUCUUUCGGCAGAGCCCACAGGAUCAUCUUUUAGCACCCUAAUUCCACAAAUCAAUCAGAGCCAGCAUAAUGUUGCACCUCUGCCACAGAAUGAAAAUUUGCCAAAACAAUCUGCAGUUCAGCCACAACAGCAGACGUUAGAUCUGCAGACUACACUGCUAAAACAACAACAGUCACAACAACAGGUAGUUGCAUUGCAACAGAUGGAGCAAACUCAAAAGCAGGGCAUUUUAAUACAACAGCCUUCUUCUUCUGCUGGAAUGCCUCCCCAGCAGAUAGAGAAUAUACCUUUAGUGUUACAGGAGCAGUUAAGUGUAAAACAGCAGCAGUAUAUACCGCAGCAACAACAGCAGAGUUUGUUGCACUCUCAGCAGAUAGAGCCACAACAACAGGUAUUUGCACAGCAAGCUGUAGGAGUACCUAAACCACAGCAAUCUUUAAUUCAACAGCAAGUCCAACAGAAAACAUCAAUCCAGCAGCUCUCAGUGGAACAACAGCAGGAACUACCGUUGUUUUUGCAACAACACCAUCAACAGACUUAUGUGCCAAGUCAGGCUGAACUCCAAAAGUCAGCCAUGAUGCAAUCAACUCCUCAGCAGUUACCACUUGCAGAGCAACAAAUAGUUCAUGGUAUACAGCAACUGGAACAGCAGAAACAACACAAAAUCUAUUCACAACAACAGAUUGAGCAGCAAGAAAUACAAAUUCAAAAACAACAGCAAAAUUCUGCACUGAUACAGCAGAUGGAACAGAAUUCACAGUUGCUGCAGCAAGUACAACAGCAGCAGGCUAUUUUACAACAGGCAGGAGGGGAGCAGCAGCAGCAACAGGCACUAUUGCAACAGCACUUGGAGCAACAAGAAGCUCUGUUACUACAACAACAAAUUAUUUUGCACCAACAACAGACUUUAGUACACCAAAGUCAGCCACAUUUACAAAAGAACAUGCUAAUACCACAACAAACAGAGCAGCAACCACAACAAAUAGAACAAGAAUCUUUAUUGCAAAAACAGCUAGAACAACAGCAAAAGCAAAUUUUUUUACAGCAGCAACAGCAACAAGUGCAGCUCCUACAACAGCAACAGCAGUUAGAGCUAAAUCAAUUGCUUUUGCAAAAGCAGCACCAAAUGGAUCAUCAACAAGGUUUAUUACAGCAGCAACAGUUUGAACAACAACAGCAGUCUGUACUGCGACACAUUUCACAAACUCAACAAACACAAUCACAAAUGCAGCAGCAGUCAGAGCAACAAGCUUUUCAGUCACAGAUUGACCAAAGGCAGCAGAUGUUAGUGCAACAUAGAGAACUGCAGAUGCAACAGCAGGCUCUUCUGCAGCAACACCAACAACAUACAGAGCCACAGCAGGCACUACACAAGCAACACCAUGAAAAGGAACAGCUUCAGCAACAAGCGGUACUUUUACAAGAGAUACGGUUGGGCCAGCAAGCUGUUACUCUUGAGACUGUUCAACAGCAGCAGCAUGCUUUAAUUGAACAACAUCAGGAACAGAAGCAGCAUCAGCAGCAUGCUGCACUUUUACAACAGCAAAAACAGUUAAACCAACAAGUACCCCUUGGGCAACAUCACAGUGGUGGACAACAAAAAACUGUUUAUCUUGAGUCUGUUCAGCAGCAGCAGGGUAUGCUUGGUCAACAGCAAGAUCAGCAGCUUCAACAGCAAACUUUGUUGUUACAACAGUCUAUCCAACAAGUAGCCAUUGGGCAAAGUCACAGUGGACAACAGCAAGCUGUUACUCUUGAUACUGCUCAGCAGCAGGCUUUACUCAAGCAACAGCAGGAUCAGCAGCACCUUCAACAGCAAGCUUUGUUUUUACAACAGCAACAACAAUCAAACCAACAAGUAGCACUUGGACAACAUCACAGUGGACAACAGCAGGUUAAUACACUUAAUAUUGUUCAACAGCAACAGCAGAAUCUACUAAAGCAACAGCAGGAUCAGCUAGAUCUUCAACAAGCUUUGUUUUUACAGCAAAAACAACAGUUAAACCAACAAGUAGCCCCUGAGCAGAAACACAGUGGGCAACAACAAACUGUAGGUCUUCAAACCGUUCAACAUCAGCAGCAGGUUUUACUUCAGCAUGAGCAGCAGCAGCAAGUCUUAUGUCGACAGCCCCUUCAGUCUCACAAUAGUAUUACUCAACACAAAAUAGAGCAACACCAACAAGAAUUUGUUCAACAACAAACUGUUCUCUCUGGGCAGCAAGAUGGAAUUUCUUUUGUAGAGUCACAGGUAACAGUUGUUACUCAGUCAGCGUCUCAAAUGGUUAAGUCCCAAAUUUCAAGUCAUUUACAAACCCCUGUACACAUUGACCAGCAUGCACCACCUCUGUCAGCACCUCAAAUUCAAGGGCCAAUACCACAAAAAGAAGGUGAUACCACAAAGUUCAGUGGUAUUCCUUUACAGACCCAAAGUCUCUCAGCACCACAAUCGAUAGUUCCAUCCCUAGCACAGCCUAACUCCAUCCAGUUAAAGAGUCCUCAAGCCUUCCCAGCUCCACAACAGAUGCAGGAUUCAGCACAGUCUCAAGUACAGGCCCAGACAUAUGUCCCAAAUGAGGCACAGGCUCAAAUGCUCAUACAAGGACAAGUCAUGCCUCAUCAAACCAUGAAUCCUGUCCUUUGUCAGGUUCCAGCAACACCACUAUCAACUCAGAUAUCGAAGCAAAUUCAGUCUCAAGUUCAGACGCCUUCUGCCUUGCUCACAAUGCAGUAUCUUCAAGCCCCACAACUUGGUCAACACAGCAUUCAGCCAGUGCAGAUUGACUUUACACAGGGUACAAAACAACAACAGCAGUAUCAGCAAAUGGUACUGUCUCCAGUAUCAGUGCAGAAUACCGCUGCAGUGUGCUCAGGUGCUGUAGUUCCUGCUACAGUAAAUACCACACAGCAAUACUUACAACAGACAGGCCAGGCUCAAAAUCAAUUUCAAGCACAGACACAGCCUACUUUGCAGGGACAGCAACAGCCAGGUGGCAUCACCAUUCAGCCUGUCAUGCAGCCCAUGCCCCUUAUGCAACCUGACGUCCUGCAACAGUAUGAACAGCAAGCACAGCAAGGGCAGCAGCAGCCAGUACAGCUGCAGGUUCAGGCACAGAUUUUGUCAUCUAUUCCGCAAACUUCAUCCCACCAAACUUCUGUGGCACUAGAUCUUAAUCAACAGCCAUCUCUUUUAUCAUCUGCUUUGCACCCUGUGGUUCCAUCACACGACUUCCCAAUCCAACCUUGUCAGACACAAAUUCGGUCUGCUGACCUUUACAGUCAAGUUGUAGCAGCCCUACCACCUUCACCACAACACCAGCCACAAUCGGUCUUGCUUGCUCAUACUCACAGCCAGACAUGCAGUCAAUCACAGACGUAUACCCACAUACAGGCACAUGUUCAAUCACAGGCUCACUCACACACGGACAUAUUCGCUGAGACUGCAGGCACAUCUGUGCAACCACUGAACUCCCAAGUUUCCCUGCAAUCCCUCCAGAUACCCUCUAGUCCAUCACAUAUCUCCCUCAACACUACCAACUUAUCAGGCUCCCAGCUUGCUCCCACUGCUUCAGAAGUACCAGUGACAGCUGAGGCACAGCUAAGCCAGACUGGGCUAACAGAUUUAGUUCCGACUCCCCUUCCUCCUAUCAGUGCUUCACAGCUCUUUGGUUCUAAUGGCACUGCCCUUCCCCCAAACUCGCUGGCAGACUGUGACCCUACAUUGUCGGGCAUUGCACAGGGGAGCCCAAUCCAAUCUGCCAACCAACAUUCUUUAGUAGGUAGAGAGGAAUCUCAGUUAGCCUUGGUUAAUGGAAAGCUGGAGAAAGUAAAGAAUCCGGGCAGGUCUUCCUACCAACGGCCUGAGAGAACCGCUCAUUUUCAGCUAAGCAUGCUACAGGUGUCAAACACCGGAGACAACAUGGUGGAGUGCCAGCUUGAAACUCACAGUAACAAGAUGGUCACAUUCAAGUUUGAUAUUGAGGAAGAUGCACCUGAAGAUAUAGCAGAUUACAUGGUGGAAGAGGACUUUGUUCUUGAAUCAGAGAAAGAAAGAUUUGUAGAAGACUUGAGGGCUAUAGUGAAGAAAGCCCAGGAGAUUCUUAGCACUCAGUCAAAGACUGGAUCCGUGGAACAGCUACAUGUAAGCACACCAUCAAGUUCAACAGUAGAUUCUGCCCCUCAGUCUUCUCCUGUGGGUCGCUGGCGAUUUUUCAUAAACCAGACCAUUCGUCAUCGUGACACCCAGUCCACCCAUGAAGCUUCCACCCCUUCACCAACAGGGGAGAGCCAGGACCAGACUGAGCAAGCUUCAGACCAUGCAGAUCCAAAGCAGACAGACACUAUGUCUGGAGUACAUUUUUCUUCAUGUUCCAUAGUUCCAUUGUCCUAUGUUCCACCAUCAACUGUGUCUGUCCAAUCCUCUGCUUCUGCUAUCUCUGUUCCUGGUACGACUGCCAUGGACUCCACUAUCUCUAUUCCACCAACAAUUAAUAUGUCCACAGGAGAUGCAGUCACUCAAGACAUAGCACCUACCACCCAGCCAGGUUUGGGGAAAGGGUCUGCAACCAGUAUUCAAGCCGCAGUUCCCAACCAAAUCUCUUCUUUUCAUGUUAAAGCAUUUCCUGCGGCUGAUCUUGUCAAUUCCAUUGUAUCUAACAAGGAUAUGAGCAGGGAUUUCAGUUUUGGUUUAGGUUUAGAAGAUGCUGCUGCUAUAGUACAAAACAUGCCUGAAGAUCCAAUGCCACUCUCUGGCAGUUUGAAUCAAGUGCAGCAGUUACCACAAGCACCAUCAAUGCAGAAACCUGAGAUACUCCAGCAAGGCCUGCAAUCUCAACCACUCACAGAAGCUUAUUCAAUACAGCGUACAAAGGGCAACACUGAUCAAUCUCAGAUGCAGCAGCAGCUUCUGCAACAGCAACAACAAUUGCUACAAACUAUGCCAACGGCAGCAGUGUCCCAGUACACAGCCCAUGACAAACAGGCUUUGGUUGCAGAGCAAACAACUCAGCCCUGUAAAUCUGAGCAUUUAGCAUCUCAUUUCCAUCCAGUGCAACAGUCAACUCUACAGCAAGUCUCACAUCAACCUAGACAGUCAGAACUUACACUGGAACCACUAGGCCAGCAGAGUAUCCAGUUACAGUCACAUGCCAGUCUUGAACAGGUGCAGCUGCAUGGUGUAGUGCAGCAACAGGAAGUUCCACUCCAGCAGUAUGUGCAGCAGGAAACAAUGCUGCAUCCUACUGUACUGGCUAUACAUUCUCAGCCAAAAUUAGAAACACAAGAACCAUUAAUGCAUAGGGCACAGGCUCAUUCUUUGAUCUCAUGUCAGGUCCCUCUUGAGGAAAUACAACUUCAGCCUAAGCUAGAGCAGGUGCCCCAGCCUUUAUCCCUGCAUGUGCAGAAGCAGCAAUUGGAAUCAGAGCUAUCUACAGGAAAGGUCACUGCCAUAGAUGACACAUUAAGCAUGAGUGCUCCUUUGCAACCAUUGUCUGAUGCCACUUUACCCCCGCUCUCACUCUCUGAGACAGCUUUGCCUGCUCUGGCUCACGUGCUCUCCCCUUCUCCUGCCCAGCCUUCUUCAGUAGCUGAGUCAGACAGUGAGGGCCCCCCUAAAAUUGAGUUUGUUGAUAACCGUAUAAAGACACUGGAUGAGAAGCUAAGGAAUCUGCUCUAUCAGGAGCACAGUGGCAGUGGGACUACUAUCUGCACCCACUCUCCUGAUCUGGCCUCCUCCUCAGCUACAGCUGCUGUGUCAGCCAAGGGAGAGGAGUCAUCCGAGUCUCAAUCAUUGCCACCCUCCACCUUCCCACUUCCUCCUAUCUGCUCUUCAGACACGUCUCCACAUUCCUCCUCCUGCACCACCUCCUCCACUACCUCUCGUUCUUCCUCCACCUCAUCAGACAGAGAAAGGGAGAGAACAAGAGAAGAUUGCAUUGCCCAGAGUGUUCCAGCCAACUCCACUGCUGUGGAGCACCAACCUGCCUCAUCCUUCUGCUCCACUUCUCCACUCUGCUCCCUCCUUUCCCCUCCACAGGAGACAAUGCCUGGACAUAGAUCUCCCCCCAGUGAAUCUGCAGUCCUUGUUAUCCCCUCCCUCUCUGACAGUGCAGCCGUAGAGGUCCUCCAGCCUUCCUUCUCCCAGCAGUCCAUUGUACCAGCAGCCGGACAGCAGCAGCAGCAGCACAAUGCAGGAGGUGGAUAUUUUGGCCUAAACCUGACUUGUCCUAGUAUCAGAAAUCCUGUUAGCAAGAAAUCCUGGACUCGCAAAUUCAAAAGCUGGGCGUGCAAACUGCGCCACUCCACCAGCUUGUUCAAGAAGCCCAGAGUCCAGCAAGAUGAGAAUUCUAGCAGUCAGGGAGCAAAAGAGGAUAGAGAGACUCCCCCAAAUACCAAGCCAUGUUUGCACAAAGGACGUUUCCAGGUGAUUCCAGUCACCCAGGCUGGGGACCCUUCUCACACAGCUGAGGUAACGCCAAACAAUAAUGUUCCCAAGACUGUGGGGCGCUUUUCCAUCAGGAAGGCAGAGGAGAAAGAGGAGCAGCUCACCGACAGCUCGCCUGUCUCUCCAGACCUAGAGAAAGAUAGGAAGAAGACAAAAGUGAAAGACGGCGAAAAGGAAGAAAGGGCAUUUCCAGUGGGCUUUCACCAUCCAGCUCGUAGCCACACACAUUCACCGACAGGAAGCAGUGAUGAUGAGAGUGAGGUGGAGGACGAGGACCUGAGGAAGGAACUGCAGAAACUAAGAGAAAAACACAUCAAGGAGGUAGUGUCACUACAGGCACAGCAGAAGCAAGAACUACAGGAGCUCUACAGGCAGCUGCGAAGUCUAAAAGAUUGCUAUCAGCCACCUUCAUCCGCUUCAUCACUUGCCAUUUCUCCCCGCAGGCCCCGCCCCUCCAAACCCAAACUCCGCCCUCGUCCACAUUCCCACACUGACAACAACGGAGUCACACACCAAGGUUCUCUCCAACAAUCUAGCAGUUACUCUGGUGAAGAGCCAAACAGACUACACUCUUACUGCAAUCCUGAAAAAACAGGUUCUCUGACCUCUAAGACAGGUUUAUCCAAUAAAGAGAGCACCUUCACAGACAAACUGCACAAACUUGUAGAUGAUUGGACAAAGGAGGCCAUUGGACCUGCCAACCCCAAACUUUCACUUAAUCAGCUCAAACAAAUUCAGCAAGCACAGGAUUUAGGUGGCUGGAACCAGCUCACAGAGGCUUCACCUGCAGCCUGGUUCCCCACCACUUCCCUUAACCCCAGGAGUGCUCCUGUAUCAGCCAGCAACACAGGAGGCCAAGCCCUUCCAGCCUGCACUCAGCCCUCCAUCCUGCCUGCAUCACAGCAGAGCCUCCACAUGCAGAACCAGUCCUUUCAGCCGCUUCAGUAUGGCCAGCCUAGCAUGCCAGCGUCUAGUCAACCCUCCACUCCUUCCUCUACAUCCAUGACAGCCCCACCAACCACUAUCGCCUCCACCUCCACAACUUCAGUCUACACUUGCUCCUCCACAAACGCGUGAUAUUUCAUCUCUAUUAGGAAAACGGUAUAAAGAUUUCCACUCUGAGAAUGUGAAAGCCAAACAUGAAUUCUAAUUCUUCUGGGUGUGCACAGAUAGAUAUAUAUAUAUAUAAAGGUUUUAAGGACUUUUUUUUUUUAAACAAUUCUAAUAUAAAGGACUAUUUGAAAUUUUUAAAAGUGCAAUUAGUAACCAAGAUUUGAAUUCAUCCUUCUUCUUCGUCUUCUUCUUCUUCUUCGUCUUCAUUGUAAUAUGUGUCUGUAAAGCCGAACGAGAUAUUUUUGAGACGGAUACAAAACAGAAAGUUGCCAUUUUCAGAGAAUAGAGCACAAAACGUCUUAAUAAACAGUGAAAGCAAUCGCAUGUUCCACAACAGAGCAUGAAGACAGUUACCUCAAAGCCAUGGCCCUCAGCCAUGUGACCAACUUGAACACUGUUUUACGAUGUAAUGCACAGCAUGUUCUUAUUUCCUCUAUUUUACACCGAUUGGUAUUUGUAUUAAUAACGUUUCGUUUAGUUAAGGGAUUUUGUUACUAACAUGAAUAAUCUGAGUAUUUACAAUGUCCAAAUUGAUUUCAGUCUUGUUCCACAGUGAAUCCUGGAGAAGCUCUGCAAAUUGUUCAGUUCAAUAGAAAUGAAAAGCAGCUCUGGUGAUAGCAGUAUUUCCUUUUUCUCAUCAGCAGACUCUUUUCUUCAGGUCCUUUUAGUAUAGUUGUGCACGACUUGAGGUUUCAGCUUUCAGCUUCAGCUGAAGCAAAGUUUGUGAGUCUCUGCAUCUGCAAUGUCUAAGUUAUAGCAAGUACUAUGAGAAACUAAGAUAUACCUUAUCAGGCUAAAUUCUGUUUGCUUUGAUUUUUUAGUUUGAGUGAUGAAGUGAGUUUAAGAACAGAAGAUGUGUACCUGACAGUAUAUUUCCUUUUCUGAAUCUCACUGAAUUACGUUCCCCAUUGAGAUUUUAAGGCCAGCCUUGAACAGUAACUGUUUACAUACGUCUCUAUUUUUACCCCAAUCUCGAUAUCAGGUGUGCUGGAUGUGUCUGUUUAAACACUUUCCCUGGGUUUUACUUUCAAACAUACAUCAUCUGUAGACAGUAAACUGACCUUUCCAGUCAGUCACAUUGUUUAAAAAUACAUUUUUAACAUUGGAGAAUUAUUUGUUUUGAGCACAGUGUAAUGUACACUGGAUUCAACUAAAAAAAAUAUUACAUAUUUUUCAGAUGGCAAUUUUCAUGUAACGAUCAUAAGGACUGCAGGAUGAGACAGAAAAGAAAAGCCAGGAAAAAGACAGAACUAUGUUUUGUAAUGUUACUACCUGUUGACCUUGUGGAUGUUAAAUGAACCUAACUGUUGCACAGGACUAUGGAGAUUUCUGACACAAAAAUUAAUUUCCAGAAAAUCUGUGCCGUUUCUUUGUUUUCUGUCGGACAACCUACAUAAAUUAAUGGUGGUGAGUUUGUGCUGUCGAGUCACUAACAUUUUUCUUCUCAUGCCAUUACUCUUUCUAUCCUGAAGUGUUACCAAAUUGUAAUCUAAAAAAAGCAUUAUUUUUGUAUCUUGAACUGCCUGUAAAAAAAAAAAAAAAAGUAAACUGAUGUACCGCUUGGUGUUGCAGUAACUGUGGUUGUGUUAUGUUGGGUCACAUUGGUUCUCAGCUCUGUUGUUGGAGAUCCCCUGCUUCACAUAUGAGAUUUCUACAUGUCAGAGUUCACUUUUCAUUGCAAUUUUAUUUAUUUGGGAAAUUAUAUCUAUCAUUUUCAUGAUCAAAUUUACCAGGGGACCCGGAUUAAUGUAUCUGAGCACCAAACGUUAAAGGUUUGUGAUCUAGACUAAGACUAUACCUGUAUUGCAGGUGAUUUAGCUACUGUAAAAUGAAUACUAAUGCAGUUGUUGAUUUUAUUUGUUUUGUAACUGAUCAGAUUAAACGAUGGUGUUAAAUCCCAAAA